GAAGCCACAAACCGCAUCAUAAUGCUCGCCAUCCUCCGCCGUAUCCCACAGCUUGCAAGGGCUGGCCCUUCUAACCCUACACAACGAUUCUGCUCCACCUGCCCGCCCCGACCCCUUGCCUCCACCCUCCGACCAUCUGUCCCUUCAUUAUCCACCCAUCUCGCCUCUCGACCUACUCUUGCGUCUCAGGCAACAAAUGUCGGCAGGGGAAAUUUUCAGGUCAGGGGUAUGAAAGUGAGAAGUAGCGUGAAGAAGUUUUGUGAUGGCUGUUUAAUCGUUAGGAGGAAAGGGAGAAUAUAUGUCAUCUGUUCAAAGAACCCCAAGCACAAGCAGCGACAAGGAUAGAGAAUUCAUGAUUUUUGGGAUUUUGUAUCAUUAUGCACACCUCAACGCAUUCAUGUGUAUUUGCAAAAAAGGCCAUGAGUUUCAGCAUUUCACUGCCAUCUUCGUUCUUUAGUUCAAGAUUCAAUGCGUCUGGCAACACGUACACCAGAUAGGACAAGCCGAAGACGGACAUCCAAUGGAUGAUCCAUUGGCUCUGUUAGUACUGGCCAUCGGUCAAAGUCAUGCUCCGGAUUUCGAACUUGUCUGCCCUUGAAACUCCCAGCAUGGACCUCACAUUUUUCCACCCGUCGACGUGUCUCAACCUCAAGCUGCCCCAAAGGUCUGUUACCUUCUCCAAACACAUGGCAUCCCACAUAUAGGAUCAUACGAAACUUUGGGAACGAUGGUAGUCAGCCUCAAAUGUAUAUAGAAUGAGAACCUUGAAGUAUGCCGAGGCACGCAGAGGCCAAUGUGGAAAUUGAUACUCACACAAUGCGCC